UUUAUUUUAUUUUCGUCCGGUAUCGCUUAAUCGAUAGCAGUUUUAAUGGCAACCAACAAUGUUACGUUAAAAGCCAUUAAAUCAGUUGAUGGGGAAGUCACUUGUGUUUCAUUCCACCCAUCCAAAGAUAUUCUAUCAUAUGGCACCAUUGAAGGAAACCUCAAAUUGGGUUCGUAUUCAACAGAAAGUGAUUUCCACGAACUUAUGAGUUUCAAACACCACAAGAAAUCAUGUCGAGCAGUGUCUUACUAUGAGGAUGGCUCGCAUAUCAUGUCCGCAUCAGCUGAUAAGUCAUUCGCGUUAAUUGAUCUGAAAGUUGGAUCUCUGGUGCACAGAUUUAAAAAGGCGCACGAGUGUGCUAUUUACAGUGCCCUAGUUGUCAACAGACACAUUGUUGCUACUGGUGAUGAUAAUGGAAAAAUAAAGUUAUGGGACACGAGGCACCACAAGUCGAUAAUGGAAAUGUCAGAACACGAUGACUGCAUCACUGACAUGAUAACAGAUGAGAAAAAUAAUUUAUUACUUUGCACCAGUGGUGAUGGUACAUUAUCAGUUCACGACAUUCGCAAGCACAAAUUAAAAAUGCAAUCAGAACUGAUGAAUUCUGGUUUGCAAUCACUUGCCAUUGUCAAAAAUGGCGAAAAACUGGUUUGUGGCAGUGAGGAUGGUGUGUUAAAUUUUUUCAAUUGGAAUGAAUGGGGCAACAUAAGUGAUCGCUUCCCUGGCCACCCCAUGUCCAUUGAGAAGAUUGUUCCACUGACUCCUCAGCUCAUCUGCACCGCUGCUUCUGACGCCAUCAGAGCUGUCAGUGUAUUCCCAAACCGAAUCAUAGACAUUAUCGGAGAUCAUGGAGGUUCGCCUGUUGAAAGUUUGUCAUUGUCCCACUGUAGGACCUGGCUGGCAAGUUGCUCACAUGAUCAACACGUCAGGUUUUGGGAUGUUUCCAAUGUAAAUUCAAAUGGAAAGGCAAAGAAAAACGUUCGACAAUUCAAUACAAAAGGUAAAAACAAAUUCUCAACAAAAUCUGAAAUUUCAAAGAGAGAAAAUUUUUUUGCUGAUCUGGUUGAAGAUAUAAAAGAAAGUUCUGGCAAAAGUGAUCCUAAUAAAAAUGAAAUUAAAGAUGAAGAAACUGAUAGCGAUGAUGACGAUGAUGAUGGUGAAAGUGAUGACGGAAAUAGUUGUAGUAGUGAUGGUGAUGACAUUGAUGAUGGUAGUAAAAAAUCGUGUAAAUUUACUGACACAAAUGUGAACAAUGAUGAUGACAGUAACAAACAAAUUGAUAGCUCUAAAGCUAAUAAAAACCAUACUUGUCAGAAAAGAUCACAUGACCAAGAAAAAAGUGACAGUGAUGAUAGUUCUGAUGAUAUAUUAGGAAAUGACAAUUGUAAACUGAAUCACACAAAGAAAAAAUGUAAAAAAUCCUAAAUUUGUUUAAUAUGCAGGUUUUAUAAAACAAUUA